AUGGCUGGCGAGCAGUCGCAGGCAGCCGGGCAGCCCGAGUCUCGUCCCCCGCGCGAGCGUCCGUGGCUGCUGCCUUAUAAUCGCAAACUGAGACAUCUCCAAGGCAUCACUCUCCGCAAUCUAACCCUUACGCCAAACCCGCCCAAAUCGCGCGGCAAGACCAUUGACGAUGAAGCCAUUCCGAGCACACUCAAGUCGCCAACAAAGGCACUUGCGCAGCGAGAUACCAGGGGAUUGGCGCAUUCGCGCUCAUCCAGCCAUCUCAACACUACCGACGACAACGUGCGCCGCAGCAAUGGGGGCGCACGCGAGCCAGGAACCACCGACAAGGCACCUCGACCCGGGUAUGGAACGGGCCCGAGGAGGCGAUCCACGCUGGAAUGGGCCAAUUCGAGCCCAUUGACCCGCCAGAAGAAGUUGCAAGACAUGACGGCAGGGCGCAUGGCCGACACCUUCUUUUCCCUGCACAUCGAGGGCCAUGACGACCCGGUAUACAUCUCCGAGGUCGCAGAGAAGGCCAUGAACCCCAACUUCAAGUUCUUUGAUCUUGCCUCGUGUGGACCUGGUGUCACGCGACUGGAUAAGCUCACAGUCAAGGUGUGGGCCAAGACGGAGACGAUGCAGGACUGGCAGUACCUUAUCGACUACACGGUGCAGUUCAGGUCUCUGCAGUUCAUCGGAAAGACACUUGGAGGAUUCAGACACCCCCUUCCCCAGAACUGCAUACUCUUCCACAUGGCGGAUGGAAUCUACACCAGCUUUACGGAUCUGCCCGUCGAGGAGCGAACACGGCCCGAGCUUCUCGCUCCGCCAAAGGAAAAUCCGGAUGGUCGGGUUCUUACCUCGUCUUCGUACGACGCUCUCAUGCGAUUGUCCACGCUAGACGACUGCAUACAGGACGCUUUGACCACGCGGGAUCGUAUUGCGGACGAAAUAGAAAGCAUACUCGCCGCGAACAAGGAAGACCUCUGCACCGUCGAGUCAGUAGCCGAAACCGAAGAGAGUCUGCGCACAGUGCAGGCUGCGGUGACGGCCGAGAAGCGCCGGGUCGUGGCGACGCGGAGGAAACGAGACGAGCUACAAGCGAGCAUACAGCAUCGCCAAGACCUGAUGAGAUUGGGGCGCCUCCAGCAGUCGGAAAUUGAUGCCAAGCUCCCCGAGGAACGAGCCAAGUGCACUGACACCAAGCAGCUCCUGGAGAAGACAGCCGAGGACAUCACCGGCCAGAGGCGGAGGGUUUGUGAAGAUAUCCUGCGGAUCUUUCCCAUCGAGCCAGUACCGGGAAAAGCAUUGGCUUUUACGAUUCGAGGCCUCUUGUUGCCCAAUUCCGUCUUCGACGAUGCCAAAGAAGAAGUGACCUCAGCAGCACUAGGUUACGUGGCGCAAAUUGUGAAUUUGCUGUCCCUGUACCUCUCCGUCAUACUGCCGUAUCCACUCUCCGUACACGGUUCGACAUCGACUAUUGACGACCCCUUGGCCGUUACACAGAACAACCAAAAUCACCAACGCACAUACCCCUUGUACAUGAAAAAUGUUGUUCGCUACCGUUUCGAGUAUGGCGUUUUCCUUUUGAACAAGGACGUUGAGAUUCUUUCUAAUUCUCUUGGGUUGAGGCCGGUCGACAUCCGUCAUACUUUGCCAAAUCUCAAGUACCUGCUGUACGUCGCUACUGCUGGCAAAGGCGAGCUACCAGCACGAAAAGCGGGCGGUAUUAGGGGUUUACUACGACAGGAUGGUGUUCUCUCUAGGACAGGGAGCAUGGACAGUACAAUUACUGCGAGCAGUAUUGGCACCCCGACUACGGAACUCAAAAGAAGUCUGGAAAUUGCUGGGAAGAAGAUUGAACACACCAAACCCAAUGGCAGUCGGCUUCGACCGUAA